UCACGGAGAAAGUGUUUGGUUAAAGAGCGAAACUCCUCGACGCAUCGCAGACGUUCGCCGGCAGCCGUUCAUUACAGAGAUCGUUUACGCGGAGAAAUUUCGUAUCGGGACGCGAACCGGACCUCGACGCGUUUCAAGCUCUAAGGAUGAGAUUGUGGGCGAUUUUGAUAGUGUGCUGCGGCGUGGCCGCUGGCACCAUCGCGACGCAAGUGUCAGUGGAAACGGCGCCCCAAUGGUCCUGGCAAAAUCCCGAGAGUUCCGAUAGCGCGGAAUCAGCGGACAGCCUGCAAGAACAAGGGACAGAGAAGAGAGCCAUUCCAAGCACGGUUCAGAAUACGGACUUCUUCGACGAUGAGCGGAAAGAGCAACGCUCGGUGGAAGCUGUGGUAGAAGAUAUCCUAGUGUCGAACCGUCAGGGUCGCAACAUCGAGGGUUUCGAUCAAGUUUACGCCGAUCCCAACGUGAAGAACGCUCUGGAGUUGGGCAACGACACGGUCGCUCGAUCCUUCAUCAGGGACAAACUGUGCAACCUGGGACUGAUGAACUGCGAGAACAUCGAAGGACGAAGGCCAUACUACUCUCCCCACCGCGGAAUCCACCCUCAGGACAUCAUCUACGCGCAACCGGUGACCAUAAAGCCAGUGGGCAGACCGUUGCCAGCGAUUCCGGUGAAGAGACCGUACGGACCGCCUAAGCCCGGGCCACCGGUUCUAUCAGGCUCCGGUAGCUUCGGUCCCCCCGGCUUGACCUCUGACAUCGUGUACGGAAUUGGAGGUGGGCCCGUGCCACCGCCAUCGGUCUCUCAUUUCCCUGGCUCUCUACCCGGCGGAAUCAUCAGCUCCUACCCUAGCUUCAAGAAACCCGGACCCCCUAUUCCGUCGUACGCGGCUUCGAAGCCGAUCUACGAGUCAGCCGGCCCCAUAGCCGAGGGCUUCGACUUCGACAGCAACGAUCGGUACAUUGACAAGAAACAGAUCGCAUUGAGGCCCGGCUUGUCGGCGGUGUCGGACGCGGUUCAGCAGCACGUGCAUCAUCACUAUCAUCACUCGGAGGGCGGACCAGGCAACGGCGGGUUCGUCGGCAGCCAUUCGAUCGGUUACGGAUCGGCAGGGACCAGUUACGACCCACCAGCAGCUGGACAAGUGUACGCCGGCGGUUUUCAGGACUCGGAUGACUACAAGAAAGCGUUCAAGGUGAAAGCGCCCAGCGCCAACGACGCGAACGGACCAGCCGUUUUCGGCGGUUCCGGUGGUUCCGCGUCGGCGAACAACUACGCCGAUCGGUAUCCUACCUACGAGAAACCGCCGCGAGAUUUCACCUAUGGGAAAUCGGACGGGCAGAAGGCUGGCAAGUACUACGGGCAAAGCAACUACCUUUCCCAGAACACGAUCAACUCCGGCGUUAAUGAUUUCACGCUCGGCUCGCCGAGCAACCUGAACAACUACUACCACCAGAACGAGAACGAAAACGAUUUCGGGAACGAUUUCUCUUCGAACUACCCUCCGGACUGCGUGUGCGUGCCCUACGAGCAGUGCGCGGCGUCCGAGCACGCCGGGCGCAAGGACGAUCUGUACUUGGCCAUCGAUCCACGCCACUUGAACAAGAACAUCGAAGCUGAGAACGCGACGGAGACGUCCGGGCUGGAGCAGAACGGAACCGUGGCUGAGACGCAGACUAGGAGCAAGAGGGCGGCGACAGACGAGGACGCGAGCAUCGAGGGCAGGAAGAAGGCUAACGGAGAAGGGAGACUCGACGCUACCGAUCUGGACUCGUCGAAAUUAAACUUGAAGCCAACCUGGGGGAUCAGUUUCGGUCUACCGCAAACCGGCGGCCCGUACCCGAUCAAUCCUUACGGUGGCAAUCCCUUGGUAAACCCGUACGGCGGUUACGGGCCGGGUCUGGCCGGGCAGGGCCUUAAUUUAGGCCUGGUUUCCGUGAACCCUCUACUAGCCGUGCAAUUCAGCAAAGACGAGUACGGCGACAAAGUGGUAAAACCGUUUGUAAAUCUCCACGUGACGCCUAAUCGGCACAUCGUCCAGAAACUCGGUGACCUCCUAGCGUACAAGAAGCAGGCGAUCCACGGCCAGUACGGGCAUUACGGGCAUUACGGGCCCGAUUACGCGCCCCACUACCACUACCCUCCGAAGCCGAGCGUAUAUUACGAGAAUCAUUACGCGAAACCGCCCUACCCUGUCCACAGUCCCGUAUAUCAUCGCGAACCACCCCCUCACCUGACCGCGGACUAUUCCGAUUACUAUCGUGACGAUUACGAUUACGAUUACGAGGAUCGGUCGCUCGGUGACCGAUCCAGGUAUCAAGGCGAAGCGCGGUCCAACGCGGAGAUCGCGCGCGACAGUGAUGAGCGCGUCGACGAGCGGAAGCUCGAGGGGACAGCCCCGAGCACCGGAACCUCUGGCAAGGUAUCGUUCCCAAGCAGAAGAAAGCGCGACGCGCGAUCGCAGCUGGAUCAGCUGCGGUUCGCCAACCAGACGAUCGAGAGACAGUUCAUUCCUGGCGCUCCGCGAGCCUGCGGUCCCGGAUUCGUUUGCUGUCGCAGGAGGCCACAGCUCAUGAAACCGAGGCCGGGACAAUGCGGCACCCGGUACACGCAGGGCAUCAAUGGACGCAUCAAGACGCCUGUGAACGUGGACGGUGACGCGGAGUUCGGUGAAUACCCGUGGCAAGUCGCUAUCUUGAAGAAGGACCCGACCGAGAGCGUCUACGUUUGCGGCGGUACGCUGAUCUCUCCGAGGCACAUCCUGACGGCGGCGCAUUGCGUGAAAACGUACGCAGCCCGCGACCUUCGCGUCCGUCUCGGUGAAUGGGACGUGAACCACGACGUUGAAUUUUAUCCGUACAUAGAGCGCGACGUGGCCAACAUCAACGUGCACCCUGAAUUCUACGCUGGCACCCUGUACAACGACAUCGCUAUACUGCGGAUAGAUCACGAGGUCGACUUCCAGAAGAACCCGCACAUCAGCCCUGCUUGUUUACCGGACAAACGUGACGACUUCGCGAAGAGCAGAUGUUGGACAACUGGUUGGGGCAAGGACGCAUUCGGUGAUUUUGGCAAGUACCAGAAUAUUCUGAAGGAAGUGGACGUACCGGUGGUCAGCAACCAGCUUUGCGAGCACCAGAUGCGUAGGACGAGGCUAGGUCCAGGAUUCAAUCUUCACCCAGGAUUCAUUUGUGCUGGGGGAGAGGAAGGAAAGGACGCUUGCAAAGGCGACGGCGGUGGUCCAAUGGUCUGCGAACGACAUGGCCGCUGGCAGUUGGCGGGAAUCGUGUCUUGGGGUAUCGGGUGUGGGCAGGCGGGCGUUCCAGGUGUCUAUUCCCGUGUCUCCUACUAUCUCGAUUGGAUCCAACAAAUUAUAAAUCGCUACUGAUUCGUCCCGCCUCGUUGUCAGACUAUUUUCAAACAUUAUCCAUAUAAAUAUUCAUCUAUUUCUAUGCGUAUAACUUAUACAAAAUGUACUAGAGGGCGCGUAAUGUAUUUAUAAGGAAGCGCGAGAGUGAAUGGCGGGAGUUUCGAUGAACCAUUGUACAUACCGUGUCGACGCUUUUUGUUGUUCUUGUUGAGGACCUGAUUCGAAAUACCUUCGGAUCGUUGAG